AUGUUCUCUCUCUGCUUCUUGAUCUUCUGUUUCUCUACAUCAUCAACAACCUGGAGGUCCAGGGGCUUCGACUUCGUCACCUUCAACAACGAGAAGGCCAUUAGGGAUGCGAUCGAAGGCAUGAACGACCAGAACCUCGACAGUCGUAACAUCACCGUCAACGAGGCCCAGUCUUGUGGAAGCGGCAGUGGUGGUAACGGAGGUUACAGCUCCAAAGGUGGCGGCGGAGGAUAUGGUUGCGGGCAUUUGCUUCACUAA